AUGCAAGUAUGCACAUCGGGCUGGCCAACACCAACCGUAAAAUGGUUCAAAAAUGGUCAAGAGCUAAAGUCCAGCGGGCCAGAUGGACCAUGUGUUAUUUGGACCGAUGAUCGUGGCAUCCAUCAUUGCGUCAUCCUUGAUGCAAAGCCGGAUGAUGAAGGGGAGUAUGCUUUGGAAGCAACCAACAAACUUGGCACAGCACGAACCGAAGGAGCUGUUACAGUCAUUAGGCCAAGAGAAGUACCGGGCUAUGAAGACCAAUUGGACAAAGGUGGCAUGCCAUAUCCGCCAGGAUUUAUUCGUCAGCUGAAAAAUAAGCAUGUAUUCUCACAUAUGCCAGCGAUAUUCGAUUGCCUUGUUGUUGGACAUCCACCACCAACAGUUGAUUGGUAUCACAAUGGCAAGAAGAUAACUCCCGGUGGACGAAUACGUGUUCAGUCCUGUGGUGGUGGUUCGCAUGCCAUCAUCAUUAUGGACGCUCUUCCGGAGGAUAUCGGCGAAUAUGUUGCAGUUGCGAGAAACUCACAUGGACAAGCAACAAGCAGUGCGAUUCUUGAUAUUAGUUAG